UGAAAUGUAAAAUGUACCAACAGCGUUGUUCCUACUUAAAAACUAUUUGUAUAUGUAUAAAUGAUAAUGAUAGAAACGAUUUAUCUUGGUAUAUGGAAGCAUGAACGACAAUUUCAUAAGAAAAACAUCCAUUAUUAGAACGAACACAUGGAACAUUAAAAGCUGUAUCUUAGAAUCAAUGAAAUACACGGAUGACCAAAAUAAUAAAGAAGUAUGAAAGUUGACUGAGAAAAAAAAACACAGGAUAUAUUCUAUAUGAGAAGACGUAUAUAAUUUGCUGUUGAGAAAAAAGAAGAAAAUAGUGCAUCGAGUUCAGAAGCGAAGGAACAGUAAUAAAUAGCUAAAUGCUGAAGGUGUGCAUGGACUUUGGAUUUUCGUAUAUCUUGUAAUGGGACUACGGCACAUCAGCAAUGCCGCUGCGAAAUUGGUGUAUUACCACUUGUUGUAUACAAAUAGUUUCAUUCGUAACAUUUCUUGGUUUAUGGACAAAUACUGGAAGACAAGUUCUUUUGGUUGAGGAUAGUAAUCCAACAUCACCUGAAAAUGUAAUUAUAGCUCCAGAAAUUAACAAAUUGUAUAGGGAUAAUCCAGCACCAUGUACGGAGGUUCGAACUGGAAAUGAAAAUCCGUUAACGGACAGUUGUCUCCCCAUAAAAGGAAUCGGCACUAGUUGCGCUGCAUACUUUAUGGGGAAUAAACCAGUCACCCCUUUAAUAAGUCGUAAAGCAACAGGAAAGUGUCGACUGUAUAACUUAGUAUCAAACUGUUCGUUACUCAAAUUAGUCCAUGGAUAUGAAACUUUUCCGGUAUCGCAAGAGGAGAAAGCAUAUCCGCUAGCUUUUGCUAUUAAAUUUCAUCGCCUUCCAGAACAAGCUGAGCGUCUUCUUCGAACAAUCUAUCGCUCCCAUAACGUGUAUUGUAUUUAUAUAGAUGGUAAGGCUCCACAACUUCUCAUGGAGCUGAUGACGAGUAUAAGUAAAUGCCUACCAAAUGUACAUGUUGUGCAAAAUCCAAUUAAUGUGGUAUAUGCAAGCUCUUCGCAUAUGCAAACUGACUUUCAGUGUAUGAAGAUAGUUUCCAAAUCUAAUGUAAAAUGGAAAUACUACAUCAAUUUGACCGGACAGGAAUUUCCAUUAAAGUCAAAUUUGGAAAUGGUAAAAAUUCUUCAAGCAUUAAACGGUGCUAAUGAUAUCGAGUCAUACAGCUUGCCAGUAUUUUUAAAAUGGAGGUACGAAAAGGUUCAUAAAGUAGUCGCUAAUAAAUUAGUUGAUACUUCGAAGAAGAAAGAGCCAUUCAAAUAUAAAAUGCAAAUGAGUAAAGGUAGUGCGUACGGUGCUUUUACCAGAGAGUUCGUCAAUUUCAUACUCUCAGAUGACGUUGUGCAGGACUAUAUUAGCUGGCUCAAUGAUACGUAUUCACCGGAAGAGAAUAUUUGGGCUACAGUAAAUACACUACCGUGGGCGCCAGGUGGCUACAUGUCGGAGGUUCGACAUCGAUACGGAACGUUCUUAUCCAGAGCCAUUAUAUGGGAAGGAGAUAGGGUCAAAUGUUCUGGAAAAUUUGUAAGAGGUGUGUGUGUUUUCAGUAGAAAUGACUUACCAUGGCUUGUUGGUCAGAGACAAUUAUUUGCCAACAAGUUUGAUGAAUAUCAGGACAAGGUUGUCUUAGAUUGUUUGGAGUCUUUGGUGCGAAAUAAGACAUAUCAUCCUGCUGUUCACCUGCAAGACUGGUACCAUUAUCACAAUCUUCCUCACAGUAAAUUUUAUGCAGCGAUAUCAGAUAUGCAAAAAGAUCCAGAAUUUUUAUCGCGUCAGAAAACAGUCUGGCUUGAAAAUCAAAGGAACCAGAAAAACUACACUCUUUUUGAAAGAAAUAUACAAAAUGAAGCAGGACUGGAUAUGGCUGGUAGCUCUAUUAAUGUGUAUCAGAUAUACGGUAAAACGUGAAUACUUUAUUCUUGUAAGACAUUUAUUUCAAGAUAUAAAACGCUAAAUUGUGCCAAAUUAAACAAAACAAUGCUGUAAAUUCGGAGAGAAUAAUUCAUCCAUAUGAAUAUGUAAAU